AUGGCACUUGAAACUCUCUCCUACCAGUCCCGCACUCCCAAGCCAAGCGAACAUUGCCACGUGCACUUAUGGGCGCCGGGACCGAGGCUCUGGCAUGUGAUCGCUUCAGAAAGCGAGACGAGACGAGGAGAGGCGAAUGAAUCAGUUGGUCUAAUGGCUUCGAGUCCUUUCGGACUGGACAUCCGAUGCCUGAGGAUCCGAGGCCCUGUCGAAUUGGGUGUCUGGUGGUUUAAUGCCUCUCGGAAUGGACGUCUGAUUGUCUGUGAAUCUGGUGUUUUGUCGAAUUGUACGGCUGCCGAAGUGAUGCUCUGUUCGUAUGUUUGUCAUUCGGUCCAAUGGUCCCAGUUCAUUCAGACUGGACGUAUGAUGGCCUGGGGGUCUGGUGUUGUGUCGAAUGCGAUGUCUGAUGCUCUUUAUGUUCGUCGAAGUGAUGUUGCCUCAUUCUGUUCCUCUGCCGCUAAAAUGACAAGUUGCCCAGGCGGUCUGCUUCUCUCGAGGUCUUGUCCUCGUGUCGUCUGUCUCUGUUGUUGCGAGCUGACGGCCUGUAGGUUUGCUGGUCUCUUGUUCUGCUACCAUCACGGUCUGAAGGUCUGUUCUGUUUGUCGGCUUGUGUCUGUCGGCCCCGGAACGGCAUCGCCGACCACGUCUUCACGGCCUGGUCGCACUGGUCGCUUCCUUCGUCUCAAGUCGCCUAGGCAACGGCGCAUCUCAGAUCUUGCAACUCUGCCUAUCCUCGGACUAACAGUCGUAGCCUCGACAGACCCGAGCAUUCUGCCACCGGCCCGACUCGAGCAUCUUCGCAAACCAGCCAGUCGAGUCCGGACGCGCGUUGUAACCACGGCGUCGGAAUGGCCAAUCCGUCGAGCGGCCCUCCGAGACUUUUGCCCACUCCGUUCGGGCCGGCCUCCUCGGGCGUCAUCUGCCGAGUGCCCAACGCUGCUCCUGUAA